AUGGGGAGAGGACAAGGAGUAGAUGGUUUACCAGUCCCAGGUGACCAGGCAGUUUCACAAAUGAGCCAUCUAGCAACUUUAAAAAGACACAGCUCCAACUCAUUGGAAGUGGAAUUUCUCCCAUCACACAAAAGAAGACGAUCAUCUUAUCCACGGGGAGAUUAUAGGGUUUGUAUAUUAAACCCAGGCCGGUUGCCGCAGCACCGCCAUCUUUUCCUUUUCCGUCCUUGCCCGGCGUCCCCUUCUGGAAGACCCCAGCCCUCCGCAGCCCGGGAGGCGGAGGGGGCGCCCGCCCGCUGCGCCCUGGCCCUUCCGCAGCUCUCUGGCCAGCUCCCUGCCGGUCCCCACGAGCUCCCAACAGCCCAGCCCCCCGCUUCUUCCUCUUCCUUCACGGAGGCGAGGCAGGGUGGAGCCGCGGGCCCCUCUGUACCAGAGGACCAGCAGGAAACCCAGCCCCUGACCAACUCUGUGGGAGCUCCUCUUCAGUCGGCAGCAUCCCCUGAGCUACAGCAGCCGGACCUCAGGCAGAAGCCACCAAUUCCCAAGGUUGUCCCCACGUUUUCAUUACAGUCCAAUCGCACACCAGGCGGCCCAGCUCCUGGUCUUGCCGCCCUUUCCUACUUUGUCAGCGAAGGUGCGGACGGUGCCAGCUGUGUUACCCUGUCUGCCCAGUGUCCUCCAGCAGUACCUCCAGCCCUUCUGCCACAAGGAAAGCCCAGUCUGGCCCAGUUUCCUGAGGCGGCAAACCGCUCAACUUUACCGGAAAAUAGCAGCAUGGACCCACAUGCUGCCUCGUCAGCUUUCUGCAUCCCUCCCAGUUUUGAAAUGCCAGGAAAAGCUGAAGCCAGCCUUGGAGACAGCGCUAAGUCAGUGUAUUACCCAACUUCGUUGGGACAUGACAGUGGCCAAGAUACUGCCUCUUCAUCUGUUUUCGUCCUUCCCAGUUUUGCACUUGACAAAGUUAUGCUUGUCGAAAUGCCGGAAAAAGCAGAAACCAGCCUGGAAAACAGCUCUCAGACGGUGUAUUACCAAACUUCAUUGGGAAAUGACACUGGCCCAGAUCCUGCCUCUUCAUCUCAAUCCAUCCCACCCAGUUUCGAAAUGAUGGGCAAAGAAGAAACCAGCCUGGAAAAUAACACUAAGAUGACAAAUUGCCCACCUGUAUUGGAAAAUGACAGUGGUCAAGAUACUUCAGCAUAUUUCUUCAUCCCUUCCAGUUUUGAAUCCAGGACAGAAAUGAGUUCUGAGACAAUGAAUUCCUCAACUUCAGUGAAAAACAACAGCAACCGUGACACUGAUUCAAAGUCUUUCUUCCUCACUCCUGGUUUUGAAAUAUUGGUAAAAGCAGAAAAUGUCAUGGAAAACAGAUCUUACUCAACUAUAUUGGAAAAUGACAAUAGCCAAGAUUCUAGCUCAUCAUCUUUCUGCAUCUGGUCCAAUUUUGGGUAUCUCGGUGAUCCAAAAAGGAAUGUCAGGGUGCUUGAUGCUCAUUUGCUGACUGCACAAAGGAAGGCUAAUCCUAGGCAUGCAGUCCGCUACCUGAUUCAUAUUUUGUUCUCCAAGGAAAUUCUGACAGACGGCUGGGUAGGUGUCAAUUCCCAAGGCCUCCGACCUCUAGAUGCAAACAAAAUGGCUGCAUUAAGAGAACAUCUGCAAUCAGUUUUUCCCGGCUAUGAUUUGCGUGAAUAUGGAAAUUACUGGCAAACCUGUAUUGCCGAUAUCAAUUCUCUGAUCAGCUGUUUGCGUUCUGAAGCCAACACAACACGAAAAGCUGGUGACAACAGUAAAGGCCCUACCAAUCCUGAUACACCAGUGGCUGCAGAUUUGAACGGUACGAGGUAUGGUAAAGGCAGUGAAAGCAGUUCCCAGUUAUCUCAGCAAGCAGCUGCCUCAGAAACAAGAGGAAAUGGGAAUUCUCAGCAGAACAGCAGCGCUUGCCCCAAAGGAAUUAAAGAACAUUCCACUGAUAAUUCAUUGGUAUCUUACGAAGCAUUGGAAUAUCUUGGAAAUCCAGAUAGAAAUAUCCAGUUGCCGCGUUCAGUGCUAAGUAUGGCAAAAGCAAAGUCUCACCCAGAGCUGUCAGCCAUAUACUUAAUUCGCAACCUGUUCACAGAGGAAGUCCUGAUAAGAAGUAACAUCUAUGGCAGCUUGGGGCAUGGCAUGUAUGCCCUUAAUCCGAAUAGGAUUAACGCUCUUCAAGAAUUUCUUGGAGACGCCUACCUAACCUGCGAUCUAUCAGAAAGUGGAUAUGACUGGAAGUUGUGUGUGACAGCUAUCAAUAGUUGUAUCCGUAGUCUUAGAUGUGACUUCAAGAAGUCCACAUCCAAAGCAUAGCCGCUUCCAGCAACAAACCCUUUAACAGAGUCAGAGCCAAGAGAUAUCGACUGA